AUGAGGAACUAUGUAGAUGGACAUGACGCCAACAUGUUGAAAGAGCUUUUUGAGACUGAAAAAGAAAAGAAUCAAGGUUUUACGUAUACAAUCGAGGAAGAUGAUGAGCACAGACUAACCCAAUGUUUUUGGGCCGAUGCAACCUCUAGGAAGUCAUACCAGUAUUUCGGGGACAUGGUGGUAUUCGAUACUACAUACAACACAAACAAAUAUUGCUUGAUGUUUGCACCUUUAUUAGGGGUUAACCACCACGGGCAGACAACGCUUUUUGGGUGUGCCUUCUUAAGUGACGAAAAAAGUGAAUCUUUUGAGUGGCUUUUCAAGGAAUUUUUGAAAGCGAUGCCUGGACCACUGCCCAAAAUGAUCAUAACUGAUCAAGAUCCGAAAAUAGGUGCAUUGGCAUACAAAGAACAUUAUGAAGAGUUCAAGAAAUGUAUUUGGAAUUUCGAGAGCCCUGAAGAGUUUGACGCAACAUGGGCAUAUGUUGUAAGAAAAUCAAACUUGUCCACCCAUCAAUGGUUGCAAUCCAUGUACGAAAUUUGUGGCAGAUGGGUUCCUGCAUAUACGAGACACAUUUUCUCUGCUCACAUGACAAGUAGUCAAAGGGCUAAAAUUUCUCAUGCAUUCUUCAAGAGGUAUUUGUCUGACAAUAAUUCAAUGUAUGAAUUUGUGACACGGUUCGAAAGGGCUCUUGCACGUCUACGACAUAAUGAAUUAGAUUUGGACCACAAAGAUAUGAAUGAGAAGCCAGUCCUGAAAACCUCAUGGUCGAUGGAAAAGAAAAUGAGUGAGUUAUACACACUCCAUUCAUUUAAGAAAUUUCAGGAGGAAAUAUUUUAG